AUGCAGGCUCGCGCAACGCUCUUGUCAGGGCUGUAAUGCGUCCCGAUCUUGCAGGCUGCACAGGCCCGGGCUCUGCUUGUGGCGCUCACGCUACAUACGAUGAAGUGGUCGGAACCGCAGACCCUGCUGGCCCCACCUGCUGACCCCAACUAUCCCAGUAUUCAUGGUCGGACGGAUUCGCUUGCUGGGCAGGGGCACCAAGCGCCAUUCGCGAGGAGAGGGAAUGUGACUACUGGCUUCUUUGGCCAUGUGCAUCGAACACGCAAAUCAGACCUGCAACGCGGUGCUGGAUUUGGUUGGCUGCGCUGCAGCAUUGCCUUGGAUGCGAUCCGGACCUGGAACAAAGACGCCAAGUAUGCACUCGACGAGGCCGAGUUGAAGUGCUGGCAGUGUAGCAACAUAACCCAAAGGUAUCUCGCAUGUGCAGCGAGAUCCACAUCGACUUUCUGCUUGAUGAUAAGGCGGCACAACCCGAAAAUCCUGAAGACGUCCAAGUACUUCCUGGUGGUACUAAGCAUCACUAUAUCAAGCUUGAUCAAUGAAACCAGAUGGCGCGUUGCCCCGGGUCCGAGAAGCCAACACAGUUCUUUCCACAAUGUUCAUACACUUACAAAGAGCAGAGGGGUAUAGGUUGCGGUUGGAGAGAAAUGCCUCGUAGUCGGCCCUUAUCACGCGUUCAGAGCUUCGUUGUGGAUGGCGGAGGUCAGAGCUGCAGCGCAGAAUUGGCAUGGCGUAGGAGUAACAGUAUCCUGGAACCGACCUGUACAGUGAGCGGCGCGAGUUAGGAUGGCGCCUGCGGAUGGAGACAGAAAAGUUUUGUGCGUUGUGACAGGAAAAGGAGAGGGGAGUGUAAGGUGAAGCACGCGCUUCACUGUCCGCGCGCGGAUGCGUACGCCUAGCAACACCGUGG